GAGCAAGACAACCCAGGCCCAAUGAAUCCCAAGUUAAUUGACAAGCCGAAGUCGAAGAUUACGGCUUCGCGUAAGCUCUCCCUGAAGAUCAUGCUGCUCACCAGGGCGAUGGAGCAGCUGGAACAGGAGACGCAGGACAGGGAUGAGGAGAAACUGAGCUACCUGGGAGAGCGACUGCCCCCCUUGCAGUUCUCUGGACUGUCAUUGGCUGAGCUACAGGACCUAUGUAAGCAAGCUCCAUGGAAAGAUAGAUGUGGUAGAUGAGGAGAGAUACGACCUGUGAGGCCAAG